CAAAACUGAAUCGGAAUUGAACUUCGGCCUGCGGCUACUAAUACAGAGGCGCGAAGAGAGUCGGCGCGAAAGGAGAGCUUCGGCCGCAUCCCCGGCAGUCAAAUCUUCGGUUUUCCCCACCGUCCGAGUUUCUGUUCCCCGGCGACUGAAGGAGAAGAAGCAGAAGAGCGAAGAUGGGAGAGCGUAAAGUUCUGAACAAGUAUUAUCCGCCCGACUUCGAUCCGGCGAAGCUGCCCCGUGCCCGGCGGCCAAAGAACCAGCAAAUCAAGGUCCGAAUGAUGCUUCCCAUGAGCAUCCGAUGCAACACCUGCGGCAAUUACAUCUACAAGGGGACCAAGUUCAAUUCUCGCAAGGAAGAUUGCAUCGGCGAGACGUAUCUGGGGAUACAGAUUUUCCGAUUCUACUUCAAAUGCACCAGAUGCUCGGCCGAGUUGGCCAUGAAGACCGACCCCCAGAACUCCGAUUACGUCAUGGAGAGUGGCGCCACGAGGAACUUCGAGCCGUGGCGUGCGGAGGAUGAGGAAGUCGACGGGGUUAAGCGGAAGAGAGAGGCUGAGGAGAUGGGCGAUGCGAUGAAGGCACUGGAGAACAGAACUCUGGAUUCCAAGCAGGAGAUGGAUAUUCUCGCCACGCUUGAUGAGGUGAAGUCUUUGAAAUCGAGACAGGCGAUGGUCAGCGUGGAUGCUAUGCUUGAGGCUUUGCAGCGCACUGCGGCGGAUAAGGAGAAGAGGUUGGAGGAAGAAGAUGAAAAACUCAUAAGAUCGAUAUUCCAAAAGCCAAGAGAAAUUAUACGAAGGAUUGAAGACGAUGAUUCUGAUGACGAGGAUGAUUUGGAAAUGUUUGGCUUUCCUUCUAAGAAGAGACUGGUUGAUGUGGAAAAUCCAGGGCAGCCUACAGAUGCACUGAUAAAUGCCGGUGCCGCAGAUAGCUCCAGUGGAAAAGAUAACUCAAGUGACCCCGGGAAAAAGAGUGAAGCUAAGCCGAGUGCCAGAGCUCCAAUGAUGAGAAUAUUGGUGAAGAAGAAGCCAGACGUCUCUGCUGGGAACAAGCAGGUAGAGAAAACUGCAGAGGCUAAGCCCGUGGAGGAGAGUAAACCCACUGACGGCGGACUCCAAUCCCUCCUUCAAAAUUACGAGGAUAGUGAUGAUGGAAGCGAAUGAUCAAUGCCACCCUAUUCAAAACUGAUGAUUGAUUGAAUUUUGUACCGGCCAGCCUCCACCAAUGGCGAAGUUUGAUCAUUGUACCUGUGUGAACUUAUCACUUCAUAGCUUUGUUCGAACACGAACUCAAAACAUUGAGGAAGUCUGCAACAUUUGUGGGUAUUCUUUUUGGAAGUCUUUACUCCUGUGUUUCUUUUGUAACGAAAAGGUCUACUCAUACAUUUAGCUGAUGAAACAUUUUUAACAAAGAUAUACCAUCAUUGUCAUCAUCCAUUGUUCUUCUCCAUUAACAAAACAUGACACAUUACCUGAAUGGCAAGUAGCCAUUCAACAAAAAUACCAUUCUCCAUUAUGUUGCACACAUAUCAUACUCACUUUCACUUCUGGGUCUUCCUUUUCCACAGGUCACCAAACAUCUUGAUCCCUGAAGAUCCCUUCCUCUGCUUCCCGCCACUUCCAUACCCUUCAUCCAUAUCAUCACCAAACCCAGGAGAACCAGCGUAACCGGCACCAUACCCGCCAGCCGGGGUCUCGAACAUGCUCCCACCACCGAAGGGCUUCUCCAUGGAAGCACACCUCUGAUCAGAUACAAACCUCCCAUUUCCACCAGCUAGCACUGCUGCUGCAGCAUCUGCUGCUUUCCUCCACUGCUCCGUCUGAACUCUCAUCCUCUUCAUCUCACAUUCCAACAUAUCCUUCCCUUCCUUCACCGCCUCCAGCUGGCACUCCAACUCCGCUGCAUUCCCUCUGCUCGCCUCGACCUCUUCCUCCAAUCGACUCAACCUUGAUCGCGUUUCCUCUUCCUUCGCCUUGCUACAUUCAAUCCUUGCAGCCGCUUCAUUGAGCUGCUUUCUCAGCUCUUCCUUCUCCUGAUUCGAAACCAGCAGCUCCUUCUCCAUCUCCUCCUGCUUCGCUCGAAGCUCCUUCAUCUCCUCCUCAUGCUUCUUGAGAGCCAUCUCUACUUCAGGGGAAGGAGGAUUUGGUGCGUCCUUCUUGAUUUCCACUGCAGGAACUUCAAACACGUCGGUUUCCUCCCGAUCAUUAUCCUCCGGCGCAAGAACUGCUUCUUCUUCUUCUCCUCCUGCUACCUCAUCCGGUUGUGGAUUGGGCUGGGUUGGUUUCUUACUGGACUUGCUCUCGAGCUCCUUCUGUGCUUCAUUCUUGGCAGCUUCCGCGGAUGCCAGUUGUUCUUUCAGACUCUUGAGCUCUUGCUGAGCUUGACCUAGUUGUGACUCGAGAUCGGCAAUUCGCGUGCCAAGCUUCUUCUGCUGCACUGGUGGAUCAGAAUGUGGCCCGCCGCGAGGGGAGCGACGGUGGUCGGAGACUUUGGGGCUACGGUCUGUGGUGGCGCCCACGGAGUCGGAGGUGGAUGAUGUUCUUAGCGUGUGCGAGCCUCGUGGCGAUUGCCUUUGAGGCAUUUCUGACGAUCCCCUGAUAUUCGACACAAACAUAGAAGAGAAAUCACUAUAGCGACAUUGAUACAUAGUAUCAAACUCGUCCUAAUAAGUCAUUGUUAUCAUUUUCGAUUUUCCUCGUCAGAUUCUACCAUCGGGUUGCAGAUGUAACAAGCACGAUAUCAGCAACACGACGGUACAAAUUGAAAGAUGAAAAAAGAAAUGAUCAAGAUUUGGUGGGUUUUGGACAGUGUCACAUGUAUCGAAAUUCAGUGUUCAAAAUGCGGACAAUGAGUUGACACAAUCGUCUCAAUAUCGAAUCCAGUGGAUAACUG